CAUCGAGGGAGUUGUAGGAAAUGGCGUCAGCCUGGUGCAGGGAUAACGGUGAUCAGGCAGUGAAUUACCCUCUAAAUUGACACGUAGGAACCCGGUUAAAUAACCAGGUCCAUACCUAUGUUUUGAUGCGGUCACGGAGAUAUGCUUUUGCAUAUGAAAUAGUGGAUCUCGGAUCACUAACAAAGACGAGGAAUUGCAGUUGGCAUCCCCAACAUACGGAUACCCUGGACGGACAACCUUCAAAACAAUGGCAAAGGAUAACAAACCAAGUAGGGUAGAUACAUUUGUCUUUGCUGGAUCAAAUGGUCACAAUGGUCAACAGUGGCAAGGUGGGUUGAACGACGUGGUGCAAAAUCACUACCGUGCCGCCCACCAAAUGUCAAGGAUGGCCCGGGUGACCUCAGAUGUUAGGACCAAGUGUGCUGCCUAUGUGCUAGCGUUGAGGCCGUGGAGCUUCAGUGCAUCUCUCACGCCCGUGGCACUUGGCAGUGCCCUUGCAUACAAGCUGGAGGGCUCUGUGGACUUGCUGGUUCUGGUCGUGUGUGCGGUGGCUGUGCUGGUGGUCCAUGGGGCGGGGAACCUCGUGAACACCUACUAUGACUUCUCAAAAGGGAUAGAUCACAAGAAGAGCGACGACAGGACCCUUGUGGACGAGAUCCUCGCCCCACAAGAUGUGGUGAUGUUUGGAGCGUUGCUAUAUUCAGUGGGGUGCUUGUGUGCCACCCUCCUCUUCUUUUUAUCCACCUUAAGACUUGAGCACCUAGCCCUAAUUUAUUUUGGUGGACUUUCCAGCUCUUUUUUAUAUACUGGAGGUAUCGGCCUCAAGUAUGUUGCCCUGGGCGACGUGGUGAUCCUGAUCACCUUCGGCCCGCUGGCGGUCAUGUUCGCCCACGCGGUGCAGGUGGGCUACCUCUCGGUGCUGCCGCUGGUCUACGCCGUGCCGCUGGCGCUCAACACGGAGGCCAUCCUCCACAGCAACAACACCCGAGACAUGGACUCUGACAAGCAGGCGGGCAUCGUCACACUGGCCAUCCUCCUCGGCCCGACGCUGUCCUACGUGCUGUACAACCUGCUGCUCUUCGUGCCCUACGUGCUCUUCUGCAUCCUGGCCACGCACUACAGCAUCAGCAUGGCCCUGCCCCUGCUCACCCUGCCCAUGGCCUUCCCCCUGGAGAAGCAGUUCCGGAGCAGGUGCUACGCCCGGAUUCCACAGAAGACUGCCAAGCUCAACCUGCUCAUGGGGCUCUUCUAUGUGUUCGGGAUCAUCCUGGCGCCACCGGGCAGUUUGCCGUUAUUGUAACUAGGAAGAAUUUCUAAUUUUUAUAUAAAUGCAUUUUUCUUUGGUCAUGUUUUGAUGCAGAGUAGUUUGUGUUUAUUUUGUCGUCUGUUAUUCAAUUGCUUUUAUUUCAGGAGGCUUUAAUCAAUUGCUUUAUUUUAUUGUCUAAUUUAUACACAUUUAGUGUAGGUACUCAAAACUACUAUCUGUGUUUUUUCUUUUUGCUUUAUUUUCAGUAUUGAAAAGUGCACAGUUGUAUGUGUUGACUUAAAUGUAUUGGUGCCCUUUUCGUACCAAUGACUCUCCAUCUAAAGACAGACAAGAUUCUGUUAGGUCUUUAAGGCAAAAUAAAUAUAUAACAAUUUGUAUUCCUUACAUGGUAUGCAAUGUUUAUUUAUUGUGGGAGAGAACUUAAGCAAAUGUAUUAAAUUUAUUUUUCUACAAAUGCCAUGACUCAGCUUCUGUCAAAUAAAUAAUAGCACAGCCAG